CGAUGCCACUUUGUCACCAUGAAGCUGCUGCUGCUGCUCGCUCUGCUCUCAGGUGGUGAAGGUGUCAGCGGUAGCAGCGUUGCCGGCCGAGUCGGUGGCAACGUCACUCUGUCGUGUGGCUACAACAUGAGAAAACACAAGCCGCUGUCAGUUUGCUGGAAUCGAGGAGACAUACCAUAUUCUCAAUGCAACAAUGAGCUCAUCGCCACAGACGGGCUCAGCGUGAGAGAGGACAGCAGAAGGUCCAGCAGGUAUCAGCUGCUGGGACAACUGGACCGGGGGGACGUGUCCCUGACCAUCCUGAACGUCACCGAGUCGGACGCUGGACGAUACGGCUGCAGAGUGCACAUCCCCGGCAUGUUCAAUGAUGAAAAACAUCACUUUGACUUGACUGUUGACUCAGAUCCACAGACGACCACAUCAGUGACCUCAGAGACGUCCACACUGCAGACAACCGACACACACACUGCAGGUCACAUGAACGCCACAGAAACCAUCCUGACUUCCUCCUUUAGCAGCGUCAUCAGACAGCAGGAGAGCAGCAGUGUGACCGUGGCUCUGGUGUGUGUCAUGUUCGGGUUGAUAGUGUUGGUCACAGCGGGCGGAGUCGUCGUCCUCGUGAGAAAAUGGAUGCGCCUUCACAAAGUCCGUCAGCAGCAGCUCAACAGUUCCAUCCAGUUCAGUUCCACGCUGCAGCUCCAAAGUCGGGAUUCUGCAGUGGAGAACAUUUAUCAGAUUGAAGAAGGCGUCGCCAGAGGUGUGUACGAGUACUGCCCCUGAAGCGUGUGGCUCCGCCCACUGCCCUGCCUGGGGUCAGGUCCGUCCCUCACAGCAUCAGAGACAGUGUGGACAUGGACAUUCCAGGCCUCUGAGGUCACACUGCUGGACAUUUAGGAGAAGAAUAGUAACAACCAUCGAGGCUCAUGGGUAAUGAGCGCCAGUUGUUGUCAGAGAGACGACAUGUCACAACAGGUUUUCAUGUAUUUAUCAGAUUAAUAAUAAACAUGUGUUUAUCA